CGUGCGUGCCCCUCUCUGUAGCGCCGUCGUUCUUAAAGUCUGAACUCUGAACUCUGAACCCUGAAACGAAACGACAAAAGCCCCAAAUUCCAGUCUUCACUCUCUCUCUCUCUCUUUCUGCGCAGUUUGCACCUUGACCUGUGGUCAGGUAUCUGGAGGUCAUGGUUGCUUCGGAUAUAUGUCCAACCGAGGAUGCCGUUCAGGCUUUUUUGGACCACUUGGUUGACCCAAUACUUCCAGCAAAAUCUUCUCUGCGGGAUACCCCAUCACUCUCUCAACAGCAGUCAGUUGCAAAACAGGUGCAUGCUGUUGUGCUACUAUACAAUUACUACCACAGAAAGCAAUGUCCAAAGCUAGAGGUUUUGUGUUUUAAUUCGUUUUGCAAGUUGGUUUUGGAUCUGAAACCAGCCUUGCUAGCUCAUAUGAAAUUUAUGAAAAGGUCAGGUGAUACUGAAUUGGUUGAUCAGGAGAAACAACUUUCAGUUACCGAAAGAACAAUAAUGGAAGCAUGUCAAAUAUCUACAAGUUUAGAUGCAUCCAUGGGUGCUCCAAACACUGAGGGAUGGCCAAUUUCCAAAGUUACAGUUCUUUUAGUUGACUCCAAGAAGGAGAACUGCUAUUUGCAAUUCAGUUCCAAUUCCAUGACCCAGGGGGUUUGGUCAGUGAUUGAUAAAAAUUUGGAGGUCAGAGAUCACAGUUCAGAAGAUACAAGGGGGUUAAAACAUGUAAACAAAAGCAAAAGAGUCACUGGAAAACCUUCAAGAGGAGAACCAAGGAUUGAUGAAACUAGUUGUCAAAAACUGGCAUAUUCAGCAAUUACUGAGGCUACAGGUAUUAGUCAAAAUGAUCUUCUUGUUUUGGAAAGCCAUGUCGUAUUUUCGGAUAGUAAAGAAAAGUCAGCUGCUUGUUUUUUUAUAGUUCAGUGUACCCAAUCAGGCAAGGGUGAUAUUCAGCUUCCUAUUAAAGAUGUUAUUGACAGCCUCCAGGGUCCUCUGGUCACAAAGAAUUCCCGCGGCUGGACAGUUACAACAGUUGUUGAGUACUUCCAUGUGCUUCCUUAUGCUGAGAUUUUGUCCGACUGGUUUCAUAGGAGAGAAUUCUCAAAUGGUUUGAAAGAUUCAAGGCUAGGAGCGGGAAAUGUAAAUGUGGCUAGCCCUAAAAGGACCGAAACACCUUCCAAACCAGGAAUUUGCAAAAAUCAAGAGGAGUCUCAUGUAAUUGAUGUUGUGAUAGAGGAUCUUGGAAGCAACACAAAAAAUUCUGAACCCAAAUCAUGGGAGCAAAAAGAUAGCAGUGGAUGUUGCAAGAUAGAUCUGGCUCAUGCUUUCAAUGGGUCUCAGGAAAUGGAGUUGGAGGGGUCUUCCAUGGUUGCCUCGAAGAAGGAAAAAAUUUGUAAGAAAAUUUCAAGUCCCGUUCAAGUUGUCAGCCACCAAGAUGACAUGCAUUCCUGUAUCGAAAGUGAAAAGCCCAAAACCCAAGACAAGUUGUCUCAUGUAAAUUGUGUCAGGAUAAAGGAUAUUGGGAACAGCAUAAGCUGUUCUACGCCUCGAUCAUAUAAGCAGAAAGAUACCACUGUAUAUAAAAAUACAAGUCCUGCUGAAGCUUCCAAUGGGCCUCAGAAAUUGUGCAUAGAUGACUGUUCCAUGGUUCCCUUGCAGAAUGUAGAUAGCUGUGAGAAAAUUUCAAGCACCAUUCAAGUUGUCAAUCAGCAAAAAAAGAUUUCCUCGAUUCGCUCUGAACUAAAUGGCUCAGUAAGUAAUACGAAGGUUGAGACUGUGAACCGGACAAGUCAAUCCCUUACUGACAAGCUACAGAUUAGUAUAGCUUCAAAAGAACACAUCUUGUCAGAAACUGCUUUGAAAGUUCUUAUGAAAAAAAGGAAUGAGCUGUCUAUUAAGAAGCGCAAUAUAGAGGAUGAGCUUGCUCGGUGUGAAAAAGAUAUCCAGACAAUUAUAAAUGGUGGUGAAGAUGGCUCAGCAGUAAUAGUUGAGUCUCUUAUAGAAGGUUGUAAUGAUGGAUAUCUAAGAAAUGAAAGGACUCAUACACUGCUAGAAGAGGAAUGCUCUUCUAAAUCUGUCAAGAGGAAGAGGCUGUCAGAGGCUAUCCUUGACAAGCAGAAUCAAUGCCAGGAAUUGGAUGGCAUAUGUUGCGAAAACAGCUGGGUGUUACCAACUUAUUGUGUAUCCCUAUCAGAUGGAGGAUUCCAAGCUAAUGUAACCGUAGAAGGUCUGGACUUCAAGUGUUCACGUGAGGGUGAUCUGUGUUCCAGUCCUAGUGAAGCAAGAGAAUCGGCUGCAUUGCAAAUGUUGGUAAAGUUGCGGAGCAUGGCUGGCCAAGCCAAAAGGUUGCAGAUCAGGAACGUGAAAGGUACCAAUGGUCAAAUGGAAUAGAAAUAGUGAGUUCGCAGAGUCAAAGCACCCUGGGACAUUGUUUGGCUUCAGUAAACUCAAGGAAAAGAAGACUCAAAAGGAAGUAGAACUCAUUAUACCAUUCUGUGUAGAUGAAAAAUGCUAACGCUUAUUCCUCAUGUGCAGUUAUUAAAAGGGAUUAUGUCCAUUUACCCCAUUUUUAGAUAUUUUUUUCCCACUUACCCCAUUAAGUUUUUUUAAUUUCCUCU